AUGGGUCGGCUCGACCGGAGUGAUACCACGGCCUCACAGAAAACCAGCGUGAAACAACCACAGGGUUGUGUUUCGCCGUGUGCCGUUCUUCAAGCUCCAAUUAUCCCGCCACCUAUUCAGCAGGGCGCCGUAUCAUAUGAACUGCCAUGGCCAUUCAUUAUGCCAGGAAGUAGAAUCGUGGGUGGAACAGCAGCUCCUGAAGGUCGCGUACCAUACCAGGCGUCUUUGAGAAGCAUUCUCAACGCACAUUUUUGUGGGGGAUCUAUUCUGAAUAAGAGAUGGAUUCUGACUGCUGCACAUUGUACUGUUGGUCAAUCAAAAUAUUCGAUGAUAGUUGUAGUGGGUACAACGAACCGGCUUAUUGGAGGAGACACAUAUUCGGUAGACAAAAUCGCUAUCCAUGAGAAAUAUGACAGUACCGAAAUUAAGAAUGAUGUCAGCGUCAUCAAGGUCAGCAGGGACAUCAAGUUUAAUGAUGUGGUGCAGCCUAUCGCCCUUCCGGAUGAAGAUACAGGAGCUGGAGUAGAUCUAUUCCUCAGUGGCUGGGGAAGACUCUCUUAUCCUGGCUCGCUGCCCGUUCAGCUGCAGAUGAUCAACCUGACUUCCUUGAGUGUAAAGCAAUGCCAGAAUGUCUACCAGAAUAUCAAUCCGGUCUUCAGUUCACAGAUCUGUUCCCUCACCAAAUCCGGAGAAGGAGCUUGUCACGGUGACUCUGGUGGUCCACUAGUAGCCGACAGCAAGGUGGUCGGCAUCGUUUCGUGGGGCAUGCCCUGUGCCCGCGGCUACCCAGACGUUUACACCAGAGUGUACUCAUUCCUGGACUGGAUUAAACCAAAGAUUACCUUGGAAGAAACAGUCCAGGCCUAA